ACCCCGCGACAAGCUGAUCGUGUGUGUCAUCAUCCAUGCACCGGUGGCGUGGGUUUCUCAUGUCAAACUGGAAACUAUUUCUGCCCUCUCCUUUCUUUAACCAACAGAAUAACAAAUAGCUGCUUAUUUUUUUUUCCUCAAAAUGACGGAACGGAAAGGAACAGCAAAGUUGGACUAUCUAAGAAAGAUUGAAUUAGAAAUCCAGGAGAAAUGGGAUCAGGAGAAAGCAUUUGAGAGUGACGCACCAACAACGGUCGGAGAAAGUAUGAACAAAAACAAGUACUUUGUCACCUUUCCUUAUCCUUACAUGAAUGGUCGAUUGCAUCUUGGCCACACAUUCAGUUUGUCAAAGUGUGAGUUUGCUGUUGGUUACCAGUCUCUGAAAGGGAAGAAAUGCCUCUUUCCAUUUGGGCUGCAUUGCACAGGAAUGCCAAUCAAGGCCUGUGCAGACAAGUUGAAGAGAGAGAUGGAGCUGUACGGAAACCCUCCACAGUUUCCAGAAGACGAGGAGGAAGAGAAGGAAAAGCCAAAGGCAUCUGAGGAAAUCAUCAUCAAGGAUAAAGCAAAGGGAAAAAAGAGCAAAGCAGUGGCCAAAUCUGGAUCCUCUACUUUCCAGUGGGACAUCAUGAGGUCUUUGGGUCUGAAUGACCAAGAGAUUGUCAAGUUUGCUAACGCUGAACACUGGCUGGAGUAUUUCCCUCCUCUGGCAAUCAAAGAUCUCAAACAGAUGGGAGUCAAGGUGGACUGGAGGCGGUCUUUCAUCACCACAGAUGUGAACCCUUUCUACGACUCCUUCGUCAGGUGGCAGUUUGUUACACUGAAAGAGAGAAAAAAGAUCAAAUUUGGCAAAAGGUACACCAUCUACUCUCCCAAGGAUGGGCAGCCAUGCAUGGACCAUGACAGGCAAACUGGAGAGGGAGUUGGACCACAGGAGUAUACUCUCAUUAAGAUGAAGAUAGUUGAACCAUACACAGCAAAAUUCAAAUCUAAAGUCUUCUAUAGCAGCGGCAUGAAGGGCAAAAACAUCUUCCUUGUGGCUGCCACUCUGAGACCAGAAACCAUGUUUGGUCAGACCAACUGCUGGGUGAGACCCGACAUGAAGUAUGUCGCUUUUGAAACAGCCAGUGGAGACAUCUUCAUCUCCACUAGCAGGUCUGCCAGGAACAUGUCUUUCCAGGGCUUCACUAAGGAAAACGGAGUGGUGCCAGUUGUGAUGGAAAUCUUGGGACAGGAUAUCCUUGGCUGUGCGUUGAGUGCUCCUCUAACCUCCUACAAGAUCAUUUAUGCCCUGCCAAUGCUCACCAUCAAGGAAGACAAAGGUACUGGUGUUGUUACCAGUGUGCCAUCUGAUGCUCCUGAUGACAUUGCUGCUCUAAGGGACAUUAAGAAGAAGCAGGCUCUACGAGAAAAGUAUGGAAUUGAGGACAAGAUGGUGUUGCCUUUUGAGCCGGUCCCUAUCAUCGAGAUCCCAGGAUACGGGAACCUUUCUGCGCCUCUGGUGUGUGAUGAGCUGAAGAUCCAGAGCCAGAAUGACAAGGAGAAACUGGCUGAGGCCAAAGAGAAAGUCUACCUGAAGGGAUUUUAUGAAGGGAUCAUGCUUGUUGAUGGCUACAAGGGGCAAAAGGUCCAAGAUGUGAAGAAACCGAUCCAGAAGAUGAUGGUUGAGAGGGGGGAGGCCAUGAUCUACAUGGAGCCAGAAAAACAGGUCAUGUCACGAUCAGCUGAUGAGUGUGUGGUUGCUCUCUGCGACCAAUGGUAUUUGGACUAUGGAGAUGCUGAGUGGAAGCAACAGGCCAAUGAAGCCCUCAAGUCUUUGGAAACCUUUUGUGAAGAGACUCGGAAAAACUUUGAGGCCACUUUGGACUGGCUACAGGAACAUGCCUGCUCUCGGACAUAUGGUCUCGGAACACGGCUGCCUUGGGAUGAACAGUGGCUGAUUGAGUCGCUAUCGGACUCUACAAUCUACAUGGCUUACUACACUGUAGCGCACCUCCUCCAGGGAGGUGUGCUCAAUGGACAGGGAAAGUCGCCACUGGGCAUCAAGCCCGAGCAGAUGACAAGAGAGGUGUGGGACUUUAUCUUCUUCAAGACAUCUCCCUUUCCCAAGACAGACAUUCCUAAAGAACAUCUACAGAGGCUGAGGAGGGAGUUUGAGUACUGGUACCCUGUGGACGUCCGUGUGUCUGGCAAAGAUUUGAUUCCUAACCACUUAUCCUACUACCUGUACAACCAUGUGGCUAUGUGGCCCAAAGACAAUGGGAAGUGGCCACAAGCAGCACGAGCCAAUGGACACCUGCUCCUUAACUCUGAAAAGAUGUCCAAAUCAACAGGAAACUUCCUCACGCUCAGCCAAGCCAUUGACAAGUUUUCAGCAGAUGGUAUGCGUCUGGCUCUAGCUGAUGCUGGGGACACAGUGGAGGAUGCCAAUUUUGUUGAGACCAUGGCUGAUGCUGGCAUCUUGCGCCUCUACACGUGGGUGGAGUGGGUAAAGGAGAUGAUUGCCAACCAGAACAACCUGAGGACGGGCCCUGCAGACACCUUCAACGAUAGAGUCUUUGCCAGUGAGAUGAAUGCAGGCAUCUUAAAGACGGAGCAGCACUAUGAGAGGAUGAUGUACAAAGAGGCUCUGAAGAGUGGCUUUUUCGAGUUUCAGGCUGCCAAAGACAAGUAUCGUGAGCUGGCAAUUGAAGGGAUGCACAGAGAUCUCGUCUUCCAGUUCAUAGAGAGACAAACGCUGCUGCUGGCCCCCAUCUGUCCACACCUGUGUGAAUACACAUGGGGUCUACUCGGCAAGACGGGCUCUCUGAUGAAAGCAUCGUGGCCCUUGGCGGGGCCAGUUGAUGAGAUUCUGAUUCGUUCCUCCCAGUACCUGAUGGAAACCGCUCACGACCUCCGUUUGCGACUCAAAGCAUACAUGCUUCCCCCCAAAAACAAGAAAGGUGACUCAAAGCCCCCUGCCAAGCCCUCCCAUUGCACCAUCUACGUGGCCAAGAACUACCCUCCAUGGCAGCACAGCACCUUGUCGCUGCUCGGCAAGCACUACAAGAGUAACAACGGUGUCCUUCCUGACAACAAAGUCAUAGCAAGUGAGUUGGGAGCCCUGCCAGAGCUGAAGAAAUACAUGAAGAGAGUCAUGCCUUUUGUAGCCAUGAUCAAGGAGAACCUAGAAAAGAGUGGACCCAGAGUUUUGGAUCUGGAGCUGGAGUUUGAUGAGCGGGCAGUUCUUGUGGAGAACCUGGUGUACUUGACUAAUUCUCUGGAGUUGGAGCAGAUUGAUGUCUUAUUUGCAUCUGAGGCUGAUGACAAAGUGAAGGAGGACUGUUGCCCUGGGAAACCGUUCAGCGUUUUCAGAUCUGAGCCUGGAGUCUGUGUGUCCCUGAUCAACCCUCAACCGUCCAACGGGCUGUUUUCCACAAAGGUUGACAUCAGACAGGGGGACAGCAGAGACAUAAUCAUCCGUCGCCUAGCCAGAGUCAACAGACUCAUUAAAGAUCUGUCCAGAGUGAAGCUGAUGAGGUAUGAGGACCCCAUACUUGGGCCUCGCCGGGUGCCCGUCCUGGGACAGGAGGAACAAGGCAAGCUGCCCAUCUCCAGCAAAUCAGUGUUUAACAUAAAUCUGGAGGAGAAGAGGGUCACUCUGGCUGACAAUGGCCUCACUGUGGACAUUGGAGAUACUCUGGUUUAUCUGAUCAAUUAGAGAAGCAGUCGCUGUUGCCCAGAAGCCCAUGAUGUUACAGUCAGAUUAAUUUUUUUUUGACUCAAAA